CCUUCACACAAAGGAGAAGCAGUGACAGAGCCACACUGUCGAGAUGUGGGCCCCCGACACAGACAGCAAAACAUCAGAUUCUGACAAUGAAAGCCACAUCUCUGAUGACGAGAGGGACAUUCAGUGCGAGAUUCUGGAGAUGCAAAGGGACGAAGCCAAUCAGAAACUCUCUGAGAUUGAACAAGCCUCUACACAGCUACUGAAGGAAAUUGAUGCCCUGGAGCUGCAGUUCCAGGUAGAGCGCGCCUGCAGGGAGACUGCAGAGGCCCUGGCUGUGAAGGUGACAAAAGAGAACAAAGUGCUGAAGAGACAGAGCCAGGCCCUGCUGCCACUUAUCCCAGAGCUACCAGAAAACCUCGACCUUCUGACCUUUGACCUGGAGAAUGGUAGUGACCCUAGCGCAGUGGGAGAUGCUGAUGCUGACCUACUCCUGCAGAGCCAAGCCCAGAUUCAAGAGCUUCAGGCCUCUCUGGACGACCUGCUGGCUGAGAAGAUGCGCUUGAGUGAGCAGGUGGAGAUGCUGCAGAGAGAAAAGGCUGACCUCACAGAACAGCUCACUCGUGAGAUGGAGGAGAAGGAAACCCUCUUGAAAAAGAUGGCCAAACAGACCAAAACAGUGAAUAAGAUGAAGAGAGUCUCCCACUUGGUGACUGAAGAGUUUGCAGAGAUGUCACAAAAGCUGGAGAUGGAGCAGGGACUGAGGCAACAUGCAGAGAUCUUUGCCCACCAGGUGCUAGUCCAGAGGCCCAGUGGUGAGAUGGAGCUGCAGCUGCAGCAGGCCCUGGAGCAGAUAGCCCAAAUCAGCAGCUCCCUGGGGGAGAUCCGCCUCAACUACCAAAACCAGGCUGAGCCAGGCUCUGAGCUGCCGGUGCUGCGGGAGCAGCUGCAGGACAGCGAGCUGAAGAGGACUGCACUGGACGCCCAGCUUGUGGAGGCCCACAGGACCAUCGCCGAGCUGCUGGGCCAGGUUAAGCAGCUUCAGGAUAGGCUGCAACUGAAGACGGAGGGGCAACCUAACGAAAUGGUCCAAUCAAAGCACAAGACCCCAAGCUUUGCCCUUUCCCCUCCUCCUCCUCCUCCUCCUCCUCCUCCUCCUCCUCCUCCACCUCCUCCUCCUCCACCACCUCCACCACCUCCACCAGUUUCAAAGACUGCUGACAACCCAUUGGCUGAGCUGAGGAGCAGAAGAAAGAAUGCAGGAGAUACAACAGACCCAAAGGCGGGCCAUUCAUCUCUAGACAUGAAGUGCAGGGCUGUGGAUGAGAUGAUGGAACGAAUUAAGAAAGGGAUUGUUCUCAGACCCGCCAAGAAACCAAUACAGAGUGCCUUUGAUGAAGAGGACAACAAAGAGCAGAAGAUUGAGAAGAGAAAGUCUGCUAUUGUUGAACUCCAGGGGAUGCUGGAAUCCAUGAAUAAGCGGGGACCCAUGAGGGGGGCCUCCCGGAAACGCAUCAGUCGGAACGUGGGGGAGGCGGAGUUACAGCUUGUCCUUCAGAGGAGAAGGCGAGCCAUGGGUGAUGAACAAGAGGCCCGGCCAACCACCACCGCUGACUCCACCGCAACAACUUCACCCAAACAAGGGGGUGACCUUGCCUCGGAUGCCCCAGCCUCGAGCACUCUUCCCUGGGCUGGAGAGAGUGGCAGUGCCCCUGUGCUGCGAAGGCUGAAGCAGAACCGGGAGAAGAGGAACUCGCGAAUCCGAGCCUCUCAGUGCAUCUGGGAGGAUGUAAAUGUUUAGGGUACAUGAAGUUUGUUGACCAAUGAGCUUUUUGUGUUUGUGCUGUGGUUUCUCUGUAAGCAAUCUAGGGUCAGUGGGCAUCAGAGAGAGACAACAGGUCUAAAGAUGUAAAAACUGCAAUGUUUAAAUCUGUAGAAUAUUAGAAUAUAAAACACUUUUGUCCUGUGUCAAUAUGCACAGAGAAGUACAGAGAAGAGAGAGAGUGGGAGAGAGGGAGAGAGAGAGAGGUGAAAGUUCUUUGCAUUCUUUAUAUAAAAGACUCUCAUUUACAUCAGUUCAGCAGUUAUCCAUUCUGUAUUAACCAUGCAUAUCUUUGUUCACAAAGUUUGCAUUUGUAAUAAAAUUGUAAUAUCA